UUUGACAUUCGACACUCUCGCGCCCCCAUCUGUCUCAAACCGGUGUUUGUCUGUGAUCUUGGUGCGAGAUGGCAGGAAUACGUGCAGUCGGGGUUCUUACAAAAUUGUCAACCAGUAAAUACUCACUUUUAUCAGGUCAUGCCUGUCGGAACCUGUCGGUUUCCUCCGCCUUGUUGACGCGUACUCAUGUCAGCUACGAGCUCAAGGAUGAUGUGGCUGUGGUGCGCCUCAACGACCCCACCUCCAAGGUGAACACGCUGUCAGUGAAGAUGCAGGACGACUUGACGGAGGUGAUGGGGGAGGUGUGGUCUAACGGCGCUGUGAAGAGUGCAGUCCUCAUAUCCUCCAAACCUGGCUGCUUCAUCGCUGGAGCUGACAUCAACAUGAUCCAGGCGUGUGAGAGCAGUGAGGAGGUGACGGCUCUGUCUCAGGAGGGCCAGAAGAUGUUUGAGAAGAUUGAGAAGUCCCCCAUCCCCAUCGUGGCAGCGAUCAACGGCUCCUGUCUGGGCGGAGGCCUUGAGUUUGCGAUAGCCUGCCAGUACCGUGUGGCUACCAAGAGCAGGAAGACCAUCCUGGGAACUCCAGAGGUGAUGCUGGGACUGCUGCCUGCAGCCGGGGGGACACAGAGACUGCCUAAGAUGGUGGGCCUCCCUGGGGCCUUUGACAUGAUGCUGACAGGAAGGAACAUCAGAGCGGACAAAGCCAAGAAGAUGGGCCUGGUGCAUCAGCUCAUAGACCCGCUGGGUCCUGGACUGAAGUCUUCAGAGGAGAGGACCAUUGAGUACCUGGAGGAGGUGGCUGUGGGCUUGGCCAGGGGCAUUGCCCUCAACAAGGUCCCUCUGACGAAGGAGAAGGGCCUGAUGCAGAAGUUGCAGGACACCGUGAUGGGUCUUGGCCCCGUGAGGAACAAGAUCUACAAGACCGUCAAUGAAAAGGUGCUGAAACAGACUAAGGGACUUUACCCUGCCCCUGUCAAAAUCAUCGAGAGUGUGCAGGCUGGCAUUGAGAAAGGAGCUGAGGCUGGCUACCUGGCUGAGUCUCAGAAUUUUGGCACGCUGGCUAUGACAUCAGAGUCAAAGGCUCUGAUUGGUCUGUACCAGGGUCAGGUGACCUGUAAAAAGAAUCGCUUUGGAACCCCUGAGAGGGAAGUGAAGAAGCUGGCGAUCCUGGGCGCAGGGCUGAUGGGAGCGGGCGUUGCCCAGGUGUCAGUGGACAAGGGCCUGCACACCGUGCUGAAGGACACCACCACCGACGGCAUCAGCAGAGGACAAGAACAGGUCUUCAAAGGGCUUAACACUAAGGUGAAGAAGAGGGCUCUGACGUCGUUUGAGCGUGACUCCACGCUCUCCUUCCUGUCGGCCCAGCUGGACUACUCAGCCUUCCAGUCUGUGGACAUGGUCAUAGAAGCAGUGUUUGAGGACAUCAACAUCAAACACAAAGUACUGAAGGAGGUGGAGGCUGUCAUCCCUCCUCACUGCAUCUUUGCCACCAACACCUCAGCCCUGCCCAUCAAAGACAUCGCUGCUGUCAGCAAACGGCCAGACAAGGUGAUCGGGAUGCACUACUUCUCUCCAGUGGAUAAGAUGCAGCUGCUGGAGAUCAUCACCACAGAGCAGACGUCUAAAGACACCACGGCCUCCGCUGUGGCCGUGGGCCUGAAACAGGGCAAGAUCAUCAUCGUAGUGGGGGAUGGCCCAGGCUUCUACACCACCCGCUGCCUGGCUCCCAUGCUGGCUGAGGCUGUCAGAGUGCUACAGGAAGGGGUGGGGCCAAAGCAGCUGGACGCCUUGACGACGGGCUUCGGCUUCCCUGUCGGCAUGGCAACGCUGGCCGACGAGGUCGGCAUAGACGUGGCGGCGCACGUAGCUGAGGACCUGGGCAAGGCUUUCGGUUCUCGUUUCGGAGGAGGUAAUGUGGACGUUCUCAAGACCAUGGUGGAGAAAGGCUUCAAAGGUCGUAAGUCUGGAAAGGGCUGCUUCGUUUACGGGAAAGCAAAGAAAGACAAGAGUGUGAACCCAGGAGCUGAAGAGAUCAUACAGAAAUUCAAACUCGCCGCACCUCCCACUGUGUCCUCUGACUCUGACGUUCAGCACCGGCUGGUGUCUCGCUUCGUCAACGAGGCAGUUCUGUGCCUGCAGGAAGGAAUUCUGGGAAACCCUGUGGAGGGGGACAUUGGAGCAGUGUUUGGACUGGGCUUCCCGCCCUGCCUUGGUGGUCCGUUCCGGUACGUCGACUCAAUAGGGGCGGCUCGUCUGGUGGCCAUGAUGAAACGUUUUGAGGAUGUUUACGGUGACCAGUUCACCCCCUGCCAGCUGUUACUGGACCAUGCCAAGGACACCAGCAAGAAGUUCCACUAGUAGCCCCGCCCCCUUCCUCCACGGCGCCCCUGGGGAAGCCCUCUCCUGCCUCACGGACAAUGGAUCUUUUGCGUCGCCGAAGGCUGAUGUUACCUAGUGUGAACCAAGCCUGUGAACUAACCCCAGAAUCACGCCUUGGCACUGCCAAGCAGAACAUGUCACUAAACGGGGAUCAGUGUUGGGGAGAGGGUGGAUGUAUGGCUGCUUGUAUCUUCUGUUCUUUGCCUUGAGCAGGUGUCUCUCCUUCUCUACUGCCUUCGUCUGCUCUGCUCUGCCUGCUCAGGGGGGGUUUGCACUAGAGGGUUUUUGAUGACUGUGUCUGAUUUAGUUUAUUUUGUAAAUUUGUUCAAAUGGAAUACUGUAUCUGGACUCUGUUAUUACACAAAACUUCCAACCUCCA